UAUGGUUGUAAAGACGCCUCAUGCUGCAGCUUGACGCGUCCCUGUAUAACUAAGUCCAAAAAUGUGAAUAUUUUAAUAUUUGCCUGAAUAAAUAUAUUGAAGUUAAUUUGUGAUAUUAGUUUUAGUAAAUAAGAAUAAAAUUCUUAAUUUAAGAUGAUGGAACACGUGCGGAUAUUUGAUUGGUGCUCUUCAGUGCAUGAUAGAUACUUUGUAGAGGAGGCAGACCUGGAUAACUGUAAUACUGAAAAAAUCCUUAGAAACAAGUUCAUUGACCCUCUGAUAUCCAGUGAUUCCGAAGAUGAGGCUCCAAGAAAAAUUAAUUGGGAUGAAAUAUUUAAAGACAAAAAGACUCAUAAUGGCAGAUUAUAUGUGCCAUGUCUCCGUGCUGUACCUCAGUUCCCAAAGUUAUCCAAACUCACUUCAAACAAGCAUUAUCAAAUGAUGAAGGUUGUAUGUGCUGAGAAUCCUCAUAUUUUAGAGGAUUUAUUCAUAGGCAAGGCUUCCAGACAAGAUUUUAAAGUAUUUGAGACUGAAAAAGAGACAUACUUAGCAGAACAAAAAGAGUACAGAGACUGGGCAAAGACACUUUGGACAACAGAUCACUUUAUUCGUGCUUUACGACCAAAACCUUUUGUUGAAGCUGUGUAUGAGGCUGAGUUCAAAAUGAAAGCUUUACGGAUGAGUAGUCUACCGAAGCAGUACGAUUUGGCGGCUCAAAUAGCUUUUGAGAGUCCAAAAAGUAACUGUGAUGCUGUAUUUAAACAGGAAUUGAUCAGUGUGUCCCCAGCAGAAGUACCACUGAUCCAAUUACCAAAGAAGAUAACGAAAGCAAUCAACAUUGUUACACCAUGUACAGUUCCAGAACCUUGCCAGAAACACCCUUAUCAGAUUGUAUUACCUCAUGAAAAUACAAUAUCAAUGUUGCCAACAACAGAAGUUCACAAAGAGCUGGCAACUUUUGCAUGGACCAAUGGGGCACAGUACAUAGCAAGCGAAAAUGCUCUGAAGUGUCUGGUUCAAUGGAACCGAUAUUGGAUGAUACCACUCUCUGUUUGUGAGAGCAUUGGGCCUGAUGGCGACAAAGCGAACAUAGUAGUACUAGACAGUGAAUUCUCUGUGAAAAAAGAUGCGGCAACAAUCAGAACCUACAAGGCAUUCAGACAUUUAUUGGAAUCCACACUUAUACCGUUGACAGAAAAAGAAAGAGUACGGAAAAAUUAUACGAAUAAAGAAAAACCAAAAGAAAUUGGAUCUAAAUUUCACGUCAAUGCGAAAUCAAUAUUUGAAAGCAGCGAUUUAACUAGUGAUGAGGAUGACGAAAACUUAGUUAUUGAUACAGGAGAUGAUACAGAGUUAGGUUCGCCAAAUCCAAAACCGAGUAAGAGAAUGAAGACUGAGGAAAGUGUGAGGAGGUCGGCUCGACUGAUGAGUAACGAGAGCACUGGGUACAACACCCGGUCUGCUAGUCGAAGGGUCAGUGAGGAAGGCCAAGAUAUAGGACUUUAUAACUGCACUUGUAAAGAUACGAUAUAUGAGAAGCCUCCACGUCGUUCUUAUAAAAAGUGGCAGUUUAAAAACAAAACGGAUAAUGAAAAGUUUGACAUUGUCAUACAUUGCCCACACAAGGCAAGGGAUGGCUCAGGGGAACUGAUAUUCGAACCAAUACCAGAAUACCAGUUGGAUUUAGGAGCCAGUGAACAGACCAUGGACAGUUUACGAAGUAUUGCGCUCUCACUUGCGCUCAGGAAAAACGCCAGUUUAGUAAACGUUCGCCUGGAUGGUUCGGGGGGUGACGUAGUGACAAUUGAGCAGUUGACAGCGGAGAAGUUCACGAAGAAGUAUCCGGACGUGACGCAGCAAGUCAUUACCGCCGUGCACACCACGCUCAGCCAGUUACAGGGGCUACUGCCUGGACACUAUGUACUGCUACAUGAGCCAAGUCACGGAGCGAACAGCCUGCUCCUAUCGUGCCGGACGGGGCGGGGCGCGCGCCUACUGCUGCAGUUCGACAGCGCGCAGCUGGCCGAGGCAGACGAGGCACGCAUGGUGCGCAACCCGCCCGUCAUUUCCACUGCACUACUGCCCUACCACAAAUUCCGUAAAAUCUUACCCUGCGCCUUCACGCCACACGAGAAUCAAUUAGCCAAAGAGAGUAAGAAGCCAGCGAAUAAGAAAAAAGCCCCACCACAAGCGAUCAAGUUGCAAGCGGAGCAGCCGGAUAGCGAGGCCAGUCCAAAGUGGCCCAAGAGGAGGACACGAAGAAAGAAGAAGUAAAUUUUAUAUUUAUUUAAUAAAUACUACAUAAUUUAUUAAUAAUAAUAAUAUAUUUGUGUUUGAUAUAAUCAUCUCAUUAUAAAUCUGUGAUUAAAUAAAUAGUGAUUUUCUCUCUAUAUGAGUGUAUUUUAUGUAGUAAUACUAUUAACAAUCUAUAGAGCUAAGAUAAGCUCUUAGCUCUAAGCAGCUUCAUCGAAGUAGCCAUCUAAUUGUGUGGAAAUCUGAAAGUACAUAUAAUAUAAAUUAUAACAAAUUAUAUAAAACUACUAGCUUUUGCCCACGACUCCGUACAAGUGGAAUAGUGACUUCCUGCAGAUUUUUGGUUUAGAAACUCCUGUCUUUUCUCGAGUUCCAAACUAUGCCUGUACCAAAUUUUACAGAAAUCGGUUCAGUAGUUUAGGCGUGAAGAAAAGACAGACAGACAGUCGUAGUUACUUUCGCAUUUAUAAUAUUAGUUUGGAUGUGGAUAUAGUGCUGUUCUUUUAAUUUCACAAAAGCUCUGAACUUCUGAACCGAUUUAGAUGAGUGCAAGUGCAGAUAAGGUAUAUAACAGUAAAAUUUAUCUGGUGAUUGAGAAGAAGAAACUUAUAGUUGGUAACCAAGUUUAAAAACGAUUGUAACUAAUGACUGACCUGCAGAGGUGUGUACUUGACGUAUUUGUCAGGGUUCUUAGAGAACGGUAGCCCGGCGUAAGCGUCGUAGAAGGCGGAGUACUUGGGCAAUAUUGCCUGUUUGUUGUCCCGCUUGAGAGCCUCGCGAAGCUCCGCGUCGGGUACGCUGUACCCAGUCUGUGCGCGAGACACCUCCUCCCACUCACGGUUGAAAGACUGCAACACGAAUAUACAA